AAAAAAAAUUUACAAGCCAAUUUUGAAUCAACACGAGGCUUCAUUGCAGGCACGAUUGUUACUUACGAUCUCAUAUCUUCCAACAUUUAAUCAUUUGUAAGAAGCUUCUUCACUAAACUCAUGAUUAGUUUGCUUUUUUGUCAAGACUCCAUAACAUUGACGAAAUGAAGCUUGAAGACUUACUUGGGGAAGAAGAAACCAAAGAUCAAAACAGCGUAGCUGCUCUUCUUGAUCAUCAUCGCCGUCUAAACCGCCAGGAAUCGCAACAGCUACCAGAAGAAGUGAAGGAUGAUUAUAAGAGCGAAGAAGAGAAGAAAGACUUGUUAAAGAAGAAACAAAAACGUCGUCUUCAAAGAGAUGUGGUGAAAAUGCAAGGAGAGCUAGAGGACGAGCAAGCACUCAACAAGGCUUUACGUGACAUGCUUCGUGGUCCUGUCAUGUCUCAGCCUCGUCUCUCUUUACUGCUUCUUCCUCCUCAGGUUCAAGAGCUAAUAGAGGAGCUUGGGACGGUUGAGGCAGAGAUACUUUGCCUUGAGAAACGAAUCCAAGACCUGAAACUUGAUGUGCAUAGUGAGAGGAAAGAGAAUCAAGAACUUGAAGCCAAUCUUGAUGGAGAGGAAGAAGAAGAGAGGAUGAUGACUCCUAAGAGACUACUACUAAGGCAGAAUCAUCUUCCUUGCAACGCUGACAAUGCCAUUACAAAGAUGAGAUCUGACGAUCUAAAACAAAGAUACAAGUCCUACAGUUGUGAAAAUCCUCAUCUUGUCAAGGAUAUUCAAAACAACAGUCUUGGUACUCACGCAUCAAUUGGACCAUCCAUGGAAUUCUCAUCAAGAAGCCACUCUUCAACUUUUUAUGAUGGAACAUCAAGAACGCAAGAGAAGAAGAAGAACGUGCAAGAGACGACACCAAAUGGAAUAUCAGAAGAUCUGGUGAAGUGCUUGAUGGGAAUCUAUCUUGAACUCAACAGGUCAUCGCGUGAGCGAGAAGGGUCGAGAACGGUUUCAAAGCUGAGCCUCUCACACUUGAAGAACGCUUCUUUCAAACGCAAAUCGGUGUAUGAUCAGAACGCAUCCAAUCUUGAUCCUUAUGGAGUUGUGAUGGGGACUUCUUUCAGGGACAUUGGAGAGUACAAGAACUUUAUUCACAUUACUCGAACCUCCAUUGAUGUUAGCCGUUUAUCUGAUUGCUCAACUUCUAUUGUCAAUCUAAGGGUUUUGAAGGAGAAGUUGAGCAAAGUUGAUUUGAGUUUCUUGAAUCACAAGAAAAAGAUGGCCUUCUGGAUCAAUACCUACAAUGCAUGCGUCAUGAAUGGAUUUCUAGAACAUGGGUUACCUUCAUCAAAGGAGAAACUACUGACCAUUCUAAAAAUGGCGACAAUUGACGUGGGAGGAACGCAACUGUCUGCUCUCGAUAUCGAAGGAUCCAUCUUGCAGAGUCCAUGCGAACCAAGAGAAACUGUUUCAACUGGUGAAAACGAAGCAAGACUACAGAAACGGUACGGUUUCAGAUGCAUAGAACCAAACCUAAUGUUCGUGCUUUGUCGUGGAGAUUGGUCUUCACCUGCUUUGAGAGUCUAUACUGCAGAAGAUGUGGUGAACGAACUAAUCAAAGCAAGAACAGAGUAUUUAGAAGCUUCAAUAGGUAUCUCAGGGAGGAAAAAGAUUGUGAUUCCAAGAUUCUUGCACAAGCGUUUUCGAGAUUUUGCGGAGGAUGAAGGGUCAUUAGUUGAAUGGAUAUGCAGCCAAUUACCUCCAGUUCAACGUUGCUUGCAGGUCAAGGAAACAGCGGUCGAGUGGUUGAAAAAGAAAGGUGAGUCGUCUUUGAACAAAUUGGUAGAAGUGAGGCCUCAUGAAUACGAGUUUCGAUAUCUCUUGCCUUUGUAGAUGUAAAUGCUUCACUUGGUUGUUUUGGAGCAUGAAAUGAUGUUGUUCUAUAUAUGUGUUUCAACAUGUGUGCAAAGAAAAAUAUUGGUUUUGUGAAUUUUGAUUAAUUUGAUUUUUUGAAAAUUCAUUUGACUCUACAAUCACGGUAAAAUCUUUUGUCCCUGUUUUAGCUUCAUUUGCAUGAUAUCGCAAAUAACUUUCCAAUCAAUAAUUUAUAUUUGCCCUAUUUCAGUUAAAUAUAUUUAUUUUUGGAAAAAAAAUUGAUAUAUAACCGAAAAGAUAAAUGUCUCUUAAUG